UGGCCUCACAUUUCUGCUAAUAUCAUAAAUCCCGAAACUACCCCUUCAACUAGAACCCUGCAUCAGGUUUUGACUUUAGACAGAUGAGUGAUCUAUCAUCAUCUAAUUUUUCUGGAAAAUGGACUAACUGGGUUUCAGCAGGCAUCAAAGAGCACCCAUUAAACAAAUGGGUUGGCUUACAGUAAACAAUGCAUCUACAACCUCAUUGACUUGGGGGAACUCUAUCUUCACUUGUGGGAAGUGUAUUGGCCUCUAUGAUGUGCAAAAGUGUUUACCAGCCAAAUCAUGCAGUGGAGUUGCAUUUAGCCCAAGAGCUUUUGCAAGCCGGAAUUCGGUGAAGAAGUUGAGAAGGGAGAGACUAGCAAGCGAAAGGGUAGCAGAUAAAACUACUGCUAGUUCUGAAAAUGUUCAAAAUGACAACAAGGUGGAGCUUUCUGAUGAUUCAGCUGCAGAGAAAGGGGUUAAUGUCCCUUCCAGAGGUGCUGUGCUUCAGGCUUGCACUGUUACUUCCGGGUUGAUUGCUGCUUUGGGUAUACUAAUUCGACAGGCAUCUCAUGUUGCAUCGGUUGAAGGAUUACCAGUCCUUGACUGCUCAUUGGAAGUAUCAUUUGAUUUUGAGAUGUGGCAUCUUCAGUUGAUUGCCGGAUUGGUUAUUUUGAUAUCAUCAUCCCGAUAUAUAUUACUGAAGACAUGGCCAGAAUUUGCAGAGUCUAGCAAAGCAGCCAAUCAACAGGUCCUUACUUCACUUCAACCUUUGGAUUUCAUAAUCGUUGCAUUUUUACCUGGGGUCAGCGAGGAACUUCUUUUCCGGGGUGCGCUGCAGCCUCUUUUUGGAUCCAAUUUGAGUAGUGCAUUGGUGGUUGCCCUCGUCUUUGGUGUUCUACACCUGGGCAGUGGCCGAAAGUAUUCCUUCGCAGUCUGGGCAAGUUUGGUUGGGUUUGUGUAUGGUUACGCAGCCAUCGCAUCUUCUAGCCUUGUUGUGCCAAUGGUUUCUCAUGCAGUGAACAAUUUGGUGGGAGGGAUUUUAUGGCGAUACAGAUCAGAUUCAUCAGGAGAGAUAUCAGAGUAAACUAGAAGUAAAUGCUGUUAGCUAGAAUAGGGAAAGAUUAAAAUGAUACAUGUACAAAAUUCAAGAUGAAAUGAACCUGUCUGCCCUUUUAAAGUUUUAAUAUGAAUGCACUAAUGGCAUUUCUUUUUC